AUGGAGAAUACAAAUAUGUCUGAUAUUGAGUCUCAGUCGCUUCGCAGGUCGAACGAUCAGGCAGCCAACAACGCUAAUCAGCAGCAGCAUGCACACUACAUUUCCAUUCCAAUUCAAAGAGAUAGCGACUAUGCGGACGCUUCCGGGGUCGGUGCGCCGAUCUUGUCUAGAUCAAAUGCCAUCGAUGAAGAGACGGACCAGCAGUUCAGGACCAGGAGACAGUCCAUACUGGAUAACCCAAUCGGAUCCUUCAGGGGGGUCAAUUCGCUGAGCAAGUUUGCUACCUCUCUGAGAAGGGCCAACUCGUUCAGACAUAUCGAGACUGAGCCUGACAAGGAGAGAUCAUUUUUCAAAGACUCUGUGGACGAGACCUUCGAUCCGAGAACCAUGGCUCCGUCUCAUACGGGUCGGAAACUUUCUCUUGUGCUGAGACCCAGUCUGUCCAACAUGCUGAACAGUGCAAGGAAUAUUGACACGAACCCGUUUGUGGACGAAACGUCCGUGGAUUACGGGUCGACGUACUCGGGGGUCCCCGGGAUUGCAGAUCUGUCUGGGAUGAUCAGAAGGUCGUCCGCUUCCGGGCUAAGACCAUCCAUCUCUAUUGCAGACUUGACAAACAACCUUGGGAUGGACGGGUAUGUUGGAUCUAUUGCGCCAGACGCGGACUCAAUCUUGCUAAGACAAGUCGAGGACAAGGAUGGGAAAUUGAUCACAGUUCUUGCAGGGCAAUCCACGGCACCGCAGACCAUAUUCAAUUCGAUCAACGUUUUGAUCGGGAUCGGUCUCUUUGCACUACCCCUAGGACUGAAGUAUGCUGGGUGGAUUUUGGGAAUCACCUUACUUUCAGUUUUUGCUCUGGGCACGUUCUGUACCGCUGAACUGCUGUCUAGGUGUCUUGACACAGACCCAACGCUGAUGUCAUAUGCAGAUUUAGGGUACGCCGCCUUUGGGAACAAAGGUCGUGCACUAAUAUCGGCACUUUUCACAGUAGACCUAUUGGGUUGUGCAGUGUCGCUGGUCAUCCUAUUCGGCGACUCCCUAAAUGCAUUGUUCCCCCAGUAUUCUGUGAAUACUUUCAAAAUUUUGGCAUUCUUUGUGGUGACACCUCCAGUGUUCUUACCGCUAAGCGUACUGUCCAAUAUUUCGUUGCUCGGAAUAUUGUCCACCACAGGAACAGUUUUUAUCAUUGCAUGCUGUGGUCUGUCAAAGAAAACUGCACCAGGCUCGUUGCUUAACCCAAUGGAAACACGUUUAUGGCCUUCAAGUUUCGAGAACUUGUGUCUAUCAAUCGGAUUGUUGAGUGCCUGUUGGGGUGGCCAUGCCGUUUUUCCAAAUUUGAAGACAGAUAUGAGACACCCACACAAAUUCAAGGACUGUUUGAAGCAUACUUAUAAGAUCACUGCUUUUACCGAUAUCGGUACGGCAAUUGUCGGAUAUUUGAUGUUCGGUGAUACCGUGAAAGACGAGAUCACCAAAAACGUCCUGCUGUCUCCAGGUUAUCCCAAUUUUGUGUACGGAUUGAUAUCCGGUUUAAUGACGGUCAUUCCGAUUGCGAAGACUCCAUUAAAUGCAAGACCCAUCAUAUCUGUACUAGAUGUCAUUUUCAACGUCCAGGCGCCAGAAACGAAAUAUGAAGGCAAUAAGUUGAAGACGGCAAAAACGAUUCAGGUAGUCAACUGCAUCAUAGUGAAUAUUCUCUUUGUCGUGAUGGCCAUCAUUUUCCCCCAAUUUGACAAAAUAAUUGCCUUCCUUGGUGCUGGGUUAUGUUUUGCCAUCUGCCUGAUUCUACCAUGCUUGUUUUACACUAGAAUAUGCCGUGAUACUAUCAAGUCAUGGGAAAAAGCGGCAUGCUAUAUUACAAUUGUACUAAGUGCCAUUCUUUCGGUUUUAGGGAUCGGAGCAGCCGUUCUUGCAUAA